AUGGUCACCGGUUUACACCGCCCGCAUUUUGGUGAUAUUAUCACCAAACGGUUUCACAAAGUUAUCAACCUUCGCACCGGCGGUACCAUUAGCUGUGGUGGUCUAAUUAGUGUCAUUGCCCACUCCUUCUUGGAGCAAUUCCCUCCCGGGUACACUUUCUUUCAGACUGAGUCCUCCCGUUUGAACCUGCAAAACCUUCGGGCUAUGAACAUGCUUCGUACUAGCCCAGACCCCAUUAGCGACACUAUGUGGGUUCUCCCAUCGAACAUCCCACCACCUCCUCGCCCACGUAGGGCACAGCAGGUCAGACAGCCACAAUCUGAUCAACCAUCUUCGUCUACUCAGCACCCAGACUACGCAGACGCCACACCUGUUUCCUUUAGCCAGCCUGAUCCCAUGCAUACUGACUUUUAG